UCCGCUUUACGAAAAUCUAAGCGGGAGGAAGUAGAACGAGUUGUUGUGUCUGGUACAGUACUGUACCCAACGGGCUCCAAAAAUAACAGCAAAAUGGAUUUGACAACAUGUCUGAAGUCACUCCUUCUAGCUAUCCAACAAUACGGGGACAAUAGAUCUGCUCAAAAUACAGCCCAACUCCAAAAACAAGUGGAGGUGGUCUUAGGGCAGAGAUGCGAUCGUCUGCUGUCAUCGGGUCAGGUGUUGCCCAGUGAGUGUGUGAGUGGGCUGGUGGAGCUGGCUGGGGACCCAAACACCAACCCUGCUCUUACAGGAAGCAUCAUCUCUCUGCUGGCUCAGUUUGCAUGUGAUGAAGAGAGCAGGGAGGUGCUCCACAGCAGCUAUAACCUGACCAGCACUCUGGCCUCUAUUAUCCACUACAACAGCGCCACCCCUCAGGAUCCACUGGUACUGCAGUGUCUGCAGCUGCUUCAGAAGCUGACGUAUAACGCACGGAUAUUCCACUGUAGUAACUACAUUCAUGAGCUCAUAGCAUUCCUCAUGACCAACAUCCAGUCUCAUAAUGAUGACAUCACCAUGCCGUGCCUGGGUCUGAUGGCUAACCUGUGUCACAACAACCAGUCUGUUCAGAGUCACAUCAAAGCUCUUAGCAAUGUGAAGCCCUUCUACCGUACGUUGAUCAACUUCCUGGCCCACAACAGUCUGACGGUGGUGGUGUUUGCCCUCUCUCUCCUGGCCAGCCUCACCCUGGGGGAGAGGGUGGGAGACAAGCUGUUUGAUGCCAAGAACAUCCACCAGACCUUCCAGCUCAUCUUCAACAUCAUCGUCAACGGUGAUGGAACUCUGACCCGGAAGUAUUCCGUUGACCUUCUGAUUGACCUGAUCCGGAACCCCAAGAUAUCUGACUACCUCACCAGGUACGAGCACUUCUCCGCCUGUGUGUCCCAGGUGCUGGGCCUGCUGCAUGGGAGGGACCCAGACUCUGCUGCCAAGGUGCUGGAGUUACUCCUGGCUCUCUGCAGUGUGUCAGGGCUUCGCUCCCUGCUGUGUGAUGUGGUUUUCCGCCCGGCUGGGCCGCGGCUCCGGGCAGCAGGCCGUAAGCAGGGGGCAGGACUGGACCUGGGAAAGAAGGCGGAACCAGGUUUGGCCCUCGUCCAAUGGCUGACAUCGUCAGUGGAGGGGGCGGGGCCAUGCUGUCUGCAGGCCCUACAGCUGCUCACUGAGUUGCUGGAGGAGGCGCUGGGGGCAGAGAGUGUGCUGGGGUUUGUGGCCAUGCUGGUGCCUGUGGUGUUGGGGCUCCUGAAGACACCAGGCACGCUGACAGGAGACGCUCAGCUCAGAGCCUACUGCCUACGGAGCACACACACCACCGCGCUGCUGCAGGUCCUGUGUGGUGAGGACUCGUCCAGGUGUGUGUUAGCCAGCCAGCUGAGCCCUCAGCUCUGCCUGUCUCAUGUAGAACACCUCCUGUCCUGUUGCUAUAGCAACGGGCCCCUCACCAGCCCCGACUGUGACCUCAGUCAGGUGUGUGCAGAGGCAGUAUUGAAGACCGUAGAGAUGAUGAGUAAGUUAAGACAACAGGUGAAGGGCAUGGAGACCAACUUCUACAUGAUCCUCCAGGACCCAAGGAUGGUCACUCCCCUCUCCCUGGCCAUGACGUCCAAUCAGAGAGAGCGCGUGCAGACGGGCCUCAGUUUGCUGAUAGAAGCCACUCCCCUUCCAGACUUCCCUACUCUAGUAUUGGGCGAGAGCAUCGCUGCCAACAACGCCUACCGCCAGAGGGAGGCUGAGCUGUCCGUCAAGCGUGUUGCCGUGUCAGACGUCCCGCCCCCCCUCGGCAACAGCCUAUCAGGACCCUGCCCAUCCAGUCCCUCUAAUCAGGGCAUCCACAACUUGAUAGAGAAGCUCCAGAAUAGCAUGGAGUUACAGGAGCAGGUGAAAGACGUGCGCGUGUCCGAGAUCAUGGAUGUUUACGAGCAGAAGCUGUCUGCUCUGGCGUCUAAGGAGAGCCGUCUGCAGGACCUGCUCCAGGCCAAGGCUCUGGCUCUCUCACAGGCUGACCGGCUCAUCUCACAGUACCGCUGUCAACGGGCCCAGGCCGAGGCCGAGGCGCGGAAGCUGGCGUCCCUGCUGAAGGAGGCGGAGCGCGGGCGGGAGGCGCUGCAGGGCGAGGUGGCGUCCAGGACACUGGAGGCCGGCAGCGCCGAGGCCGACAUGAGGGAGAUCCUGCGGCACAACGCCCGCCUGCAGGCCGACUCCCAGGAACACGAGGCCCUCAAGGGCUCCUACAACCAGCUGCUCUGCAGGCUGGAGGAGAGCGAGCGUCAGUUGAAGGAGCUGCAGGGGGCGCACGUCGCCCUCACCAAGCAGAGCGACGCUCUGAGGAGGACCCACGAUGCCCUGCGGCUGCAGCACGACAAGCUCGCCUCUGAGCUGCACGAGAGGGAGGAGCUUAUCAGCGGCCUCCAAUCAGAUCUUCAGAAGAGAGACAGUGACAUCACAGGUCUGCAGGCCGAGUUAAGAGAGCAGGAGGAGAGGGGGAGCGCGAGAGAGAAGGAGAAGAAGGAGCUGGAGGACACUGUGGACGCUCUGAGGAAGGAUCUCCACAAAAUGGAGAUGGCCAGAAAGGAGGCCAGCAUCCGGGCCUCUUCUCUGGAGGUCCAGAAGGGCCAGGUGGAGGCCAAGCUCCAGAAGAGGGAGGACGAACUGAACAAGAACGCCGCCAUGAUCGCCAUGAUCCACAGUCUGAGCGGAGGCAAGCUGACCAAGGAUGUGAACCUGUCGCUGUGACGCGUGACCUCCACUCCCACGGACACACGCUUUGAGCCUCCCUCAGACACACGAGAAAUGAUUCUCAAGAAUGAAACAAUUCGUUUUUAAAAUAAUGUAUCUAAUGAGCCUGUUUGGGUGUUGUUUGUCGCAGUCCCAUGUAUUGAGCUUUUUGUCAGUCGUGCUUUUGCUCGUCUUUAAAACUUUUAUCCUUUUAACUAUCUGUUAUCGUCCCUUAUUCUGUUGUCAAAUAAAUGAUUUAUCAGCUCCGGUCA